UUACACGUGUUUUUGUUUACCGCUGGCAGCGCAGUUGCGAGCUUCUUCGGCGGUUCGUGAUUUUCACGCGGAUUUGCUAGGAUUUUCUUUAUAUUGCAUUCGUUGGUGAUUCGCAAAGAAAAGUGUUUGUUUAGGUGAAAUUUACCUUCAAAAUGGGUACGGAAGAUCCGAACGUUCUUCCUGGAUUUUCCAUUGAAAAUGUCGAUUUGGAUUUCGACGACGACGACGAUGUGCAUUCGAAGAAGGGUAAGAAGAAAAAGGGAGGUGGAUUUCAGGCCAUGGGACUGAGCAUGCCGAUCCUGAAGGCAAUCCUGAAAAUGGGAUACAAAGUGCCAACUCCAAUCCAGCGCAAAACUAUUCCGCUGAUCAUGGAGGGCCGCGAUGUGGUUGCCAUGGCCAAGACAGGCUCGGGCAAAACCGGAUGCUUUUUGAUUCCGCUGUUCGAGAAACUAAAGCAACGAGAAAUCAAAGCCGGCGCCAGAGCGCUGAUAUUGACUCCCACGAGAGAGCUGGCUAUUCAAACGUACAAAUUCAUCAAGCAGCUGGGGAAGUUUACGGAUUUGAAAACGAUUCUAGUGCUUGGCGGCGAUUCGAUGGAUUCGCAGUUUGCGGCCAUUCACACGCUGCCGGAUGUGAUUGUUGCCACGCCAGGCCGAUUCCUGCACUUGUGUGUGGAGAUGGAUCUGAAACUGUCAGCGGUGCAGUACUGCGUGUUUGACGAAGCGGACCGUCUGUUUGAGAUGGGUUUCGGUGAACAGCUGACGGAGACCUUGCGAAGGUUACCCGAGGCUAAGCAAAUGGUUCUGUUCAGUGCGACGCUGCCGAAGCAGAUGGUCGACUUUGCGAAGGCUGGCCUGAGCGAUCCUACGCUGAUCCGAUUGGACGUGGAGUCGAAAAUUCCGGAAGCGCUAGAUUUGAAAUUUGUUUACUGCAGGCCGGACGAACGAUAUGCCACUCUGUUGCUUUUGCUUCGCGAGGUGAUUCCGAAGAGCGCCCAAACCGUGUUGUUUGCCGGAACGCAGCAUCACGUUGAAUUGAUUUCUCUGAUUCUGACACGAGCUGGAAUUCCAAAUACGUACGUUUUCUCAAGUCUGGACGCAUCAGCUCGUAAGAUCAAUACCGCAAAGUUUAUUAUGAAGAAAGUAAAUGUUUUAGUCGUCACGGAUAUUGCUGCUCGCGGUUUGGACAUCCCCACGCUGGACUACGUGGUCAAUGUGCAUUUUCCGGGAAAGCCUAAGCUAUUCGUCCAUCGAGUGGGCCGUUGCGCUCGUGCCGGAAGAAGUGGAACGGCUUACAAUAUUUUCUCCAACGACGAUAUCGCCCACAUGAUAGAUCUGCACAUGUUUCUUACUCGGCCGUUGGUGUUGAACGAUUCUCGCUGUAUUGGGAUUGUUCCUGCGGAUAUGGUCGAAGCGGAACACCAACUUGUGCUGGAGUACGUCAAGCAUAUCGAUCUGGCAACGGCGUUCCGGAUCAGUAACAAUGCCUACAAACAGUACAUUGUGACCCGGCCGGCCGCGUCGGCCAGUGCCAAUAAGAAGGCCAAGCAGUUUAAAAUUGGUGAACUGCAAGUGAUGGAAGAUUUUGGAAAAGCAAUGGAGAAGUUGAAUGAAGAUAAGAAGGUCAGCAAAAAGAAGAAAAAUAAGAAACAUAAGGGAGGUGAGAGCGUUCAGAAUGUUCAAGCAGCUGUCGACCCUGAUGAGUUCCGAAGUAGUUUCCUGAAUCAAAUGAAAAACUACCGUCCGCAAUCUACUAUAUUUGAGUUAAAUCCGAAGAAUAACGCGAAGGAGCAGGUAGUGAUGGCUGAGAAGCGUAGCAAAGAUACCAUAAAAAUCGAAAAACACAAACAGAAACAGCAGGAAAUUGAGCGUGAAGAACAGAAGAAAGCCACUGCCGCUGACGUGCAGGACGUUGACAAUGGAUAUCCAAAAAAGAAAAAGCUGAAAUUUAUGAAAGACGAUGAAAAUUUCAUCGCAUAUCAGGCGAAGGAUCAUGUGGAGGAGGAUGGUUACGCAAUCAAUGGCUUUGCCAAGGAGGCCAACUCCGCCGAACUGUCUGUCAUCGGCGACACGGCCGAAGAUCAACGAUCCCACCAACGGCUGCAAAAGUGGGAUCGCAAGAAAAAGAAGAUGGUAAAUGUGGUCAAUCCCAAAGCCGGUAAAAUUCGCACGGAACAUGGCGUCUGGAUUUCGGCAUCGUACAAAACCGGUCGGUACGACAAGUGGAAGGAACGCACCAAGGUCGACGAGCAGAUUGCUAGCCAACGGCAGGACAGUGAUGUCAGCGAUGCAGAGGAAGCGGUUUCCGUGCAGAAGACCGACUAUCCGCAUACCCAUUGGGGACGACAUAACGCCAAGGUGGACCAGAAGAAGAUGCGCGAUUUGGGUCUGAAGUCGGCCGACCAGAUUGUGAAACAACGGAUGCAGAAGGAAACCAAACUUGCCAAGGAGAAGGCAGCUCGGUUGCGGAAUUUGGCCCGUAAGAAGAAGUCGCUAGGCAAGAAAAAGGCAAAAUCAAAGGGUAAAUAGACCAGGUAAGCGUUUCAGAUUUAUAUUCACAGAUUUAGAUAAUAUGGUUCAUGAAGAA